GCCGCUGCCUCAGACCGCGCCGGCCCCGCUUCGCGAUCGCAUCUUGAUCCGCUCUCUCUCUUUCUCUCUCUCUCUUUCCGCCCCGCCAAGACAUGGGCUCCGCGGGAGCUCGCCCCGCGCUGGCGGCCGCUCUGCUCUGCCUGGCCCGCCUGGCUCUCGGAUCUCCGUGCCCCGCCGUCUGCCAGUGCCCGGCCGCCGCGCCGCAGUGCGCCCCGGGCGUGGGGCUGGUGCCGGACGGCUGCGGCUGCUGCAAGGUCUGCGCCAAGCAGCUGAACGAGGACUGCAGCCGGACUCAGCCCUGCGACCACACCAAGGGGCUGGAGUGCAACUUCGGCGCCAGCCCCGCCGCCACCAAGGGCAUCUGCAGAGCACAGUCUGAGGGGAGACCGUGCGAAUACAACUCCAAAAUCUACCAGAACGGCGAAAGCUUCCAGCCCAACUGCAAGCACCAGUGUACAUGCAUAGAUGGAGCUGUGGGCUGCAUCCCGCUCUGCCCGCAGGAGCUCUCUCUCCCCAACCUGGGCUGUCCCAGUCCCAGGCUGGUCAAAGUGCCUGGGCAGUGCUGCGAGGAGUGGGUCUGCGAUGAGAGCAAGGAUGCGCUGGAGGAGCUGGAUGGCUUCUUCAGCAAGGAGCUUGGUCUGGAUGCUUCUGAGGGUGAACUGACCAGGAACAAUGAGCUGAUUGCCAUCGUGAAGGGAGGCCUGAAGAUGCUACCUGUUUUUGGAUCCGAGCCACAAAGCCGAGCUUUUGAGAAUCCCAAAUGCAUUGUGCAAACAACUUCCUGGUCCCAGUGCUCAAAGACGUGUGGGACCGGCAUCUCCACCAGAGUCACCAAUGACAAUCCUGACUGCAAGCUCAUCAAAGAGACCAGGAUAUGCGAAGUGAGACCGUGUGGCCAGCCCAGCUACGCCUCCCUAAAGAAGGGAAAAAAAUGUACCAAGACUAAGAAGUCUCCAUCCCCCGUAAGGUUUACUUAUGCUGGAUGCUCCAGUGUGAAGAAGUACCGCCCCAAGUACUGUGGGUCUUGCGUGGAUGGCAGGUGCUGUACUCCCCUGCAGACCAGGACUGUCAAGAUCCGAUUCCGCUGCGAUGAUGGAGAAACCUUCACCAAGAGUGUCAUGAUGAUCCAGUCCUGCCGCUGCAACUACAACUGUCCGCAUGCAAACGAAGCUUAUCCCUUCUACAGACUGGUCAAUGACAUCCACAAAUUUAGGGACUAAGUAGUAUUUAGAGGGGAUGUUAAAGAGAAUUCUGAAGUAACCAGCCAUGGAGGAAGGACCUCUGAUGGAAGUGGUGCCUUGCCCAUUUGAGGGCAAUAUGAGAUAUUACAAGAGUGCACUGUGCAACUGGACACUAACGCAACAGAGAUUUAAGCAUACUUAAAGCUUCAUAGUAUUGGAGCAACUUUACUGCUUCUUUUUGGAGCACCUUUAUCUUAUACUGUUUUCUGUUUGUAAGUGAUCUGAUGUUUUGUUCCGGUUAUGAAAACUUUUCCUCUCCUGUUCGGUUUAACACUAUGCUUCUCCCCUCCCCUCCACCUUCUCCCCUACUUUCCCAACCAAAUUGGAAGUUACAUUCCUUCCUGAGGUGGGCACUUGUGGGGUGUUCACAGUGGCAGCUAUUAUGUACCAACUGUAGUUUAAUGGCAAACAGAAAUCAGUUGUUUUAAAGCUGAGUAUUUUAUUUAUCAAAUUGUAGCUCCUUUGUUUUCUUUUUUUGUUUUUUUUUUUUUUUUUAACCCCUUCCGACCCCUGUAAUACUGGAAUAAGUUGUAAAUGAUUUUAAUUUUAUAUUCAAUGAAUUAAAAGAAUUUAUUUAUGGAAUUAAUCAUUUAAUAAAGAAAUAUUUACCUAAC